UAAAUUGUCAAAGCGGCUUUGAGUUGCAAUUACAAAGCAAUUUUAAGAUAUUUCAUUGUUUUAAAUACAUAUUAAUCAAAAUCGUUUAAACAUGUCUGCAAGAUAUGAUAGAGCUAUUACAGUGUUUUCUCCAGACGGUCACUUGCUACAGGUGGAAUAUGCCCAAGAAGCUGUUCGGAAAGGAUCGACUGCGGUUGGAGUAAGAGGCAAAGAUGUAGUCGUAUUAGGAGUUGAAAAGAAGUCUGUUGCUAAACUGCAAGAAGAAAGGACUGUUAGAAAGAUUUGUUUGUUAGACGAUCACGUUGUUAUGGCUUUCGCCGGUCUAACUGCCGAUGCUCGCAUCCUAAUCAAUAGAGCUCAAAUCGAGUGUCAGUCGCAUAAGCUUACCGUGGAGGAUCCUGUGACAUUAGAAUACAUCACUAGGUACAUUGCGGGUCUCAAACAGAAAUAUACGCAGAGUAAUGGACGUCGUCCGUUUGGCAUAUCAUGCCUCAUCGGUGGAUUUGAUUAUGAUGGCCAGCCCCAUCUGUUCCAGACCGAGCCUUCUGGUAUAUAUUAUGAAUGGAAAGCAAAUGCCACAGGUAGAUCAGCAAAGACUGUCAGGGAAUUCUUAGAGAAAAAUUAUACAGCUGAAGAGGUUGCAUCGGAGAAUGGUGCAGUUAAGCUUGCAAUUCGUGCACUGUUGGAAGUUGUGCAGUCAGGUCAGAAAAAUCUUGAGAUUGCAGUCAUGAGGCGUAAUCAGCCAAUGCAAAUGUUGGAUGUAGACACAAUCAACUCUUAUGUUGCUAUUAUUGACAAGGAAAAGGAAGAGGAGGCUGAGAAGAAAAAACAGAAGAAGUAGUAUUUUUUGAAUUAAUUUUAUAAAACCAAUAAAUGGAUAAAUUUAUA